GACAGAAGACACUAAACCUAUGAAACCUUUAUCAUUUUUCAAAAUUCUUGGACACAACAAGUCGGAAUGGCGAUAUAUACUACUCGGUUGUUUUGGUUCUUUCGCUUACGGAAGCAUGCCUUUCUUAUAUGGUCUCAUUAUGGGACGACUGUUUGAAGUAAGUAACAUUUUAUCUUAUUACCUGCAAUAAACUGCGGUGUUUGUUAAAUCAUUCUAAAAGGUUAGAAGCAUACACUGCAACAACGUCUCCUAGUUUCCCCAGGGCUCAACAAUCGGAACAGGUAGAGAAAAGGUAUUUUUAUUUUCAGACAUUGUCAUAUGAUCCUGAUAUAGAAGACGAACGAGAGGAAAUGAAAGAUGACGCUAUCAAAUGGGCGAUUGCUUUCAUGAUUAUUGGAGUUGGAACUGGACUAGGGAUACUUUUCCAAGUGAGUUUAUGAUUUAUUAAGGCCCAUUCUCACUCAGGAAAAUUUUCCACAGAAAGAAAAUUUUGUAAAAAGUAAUUGGCCGACACAAACUUUCCGUCGGAAAAAAAAUUUUGAAGUUGAAAAUUUUCAACUUUAGCAAUGGUAUUUUUGGAAAAUUUUCUGUCCGUGGAAAUUGUUCUUGAGCGGAAAUGGGCCUCAACUCUACCAAAACCGUAGGUUUGCUCAGGUUUGCUACGGUAGCAAAACUGAACUUACAAUGGUAAGUUGUCUCUUACUCUAACUGGAUCUCUAGCGAGGAAAGUUUGCAUGGAACUUGUAUAGCUGUAUUUGGUCUAGAUUUCCUCCUGUGGUGACACUGGACCUAAAAAGAACAAUUCAGAAGUGAUAGAUCUAUCCAGUAUAAAUAUUACUAGCUUAGUUUAGGUUUCCUCUUGUUGUAACAUUAAACCAACAAGGAAUACAAGGAUGGCAUUUACUUGAUCUGUACAGAGAUCUGUUUAGUUAUCAAGUUAUAGAAUGAUAAUGCAGGAUACUAACCGAGAUGAUUACAUUAACGUACAGCUUGUAAACUCAGUGUAUGUAGAGUCUUUAAUAUAGAUGUGUUUAUUUUUAGUGGUGGAUGUUUGCAAAGUCGGGAGAAGCGCUCACUCGAAGAUUAAGAAGACAAACAUUUUUAGCUCUCAUGAGACAGGUAACAUCAUGACUAUCUUGUCAAUGAAAUACGUCACAGCUCAUCACCCACUAAAUCAAUCCACUUUUGUUAGGCAGAAAAAUCAAGCGGAGAGAGUGUGUAGUCUGUAGAUUUCUCAGUUUUGCAGUAUCCCCUGUGUAAUAUUCUGGAAAAGUGCCCCUGACUUUCUCUACGGCUUCGCAAUCUCUCAAAAAUUGCCCUAUGGCAAAAUGCCAUAUAGAUGGCCUUCUGACAUCGUGACCUUCCAAUUUGCCUUCUAAUCUUUCAAAAGAUCUUUCUAAAGAUCUUCUUUGAAAGUGUGAACUAAUUCACUAAAAUGAAUCAAAUGAUAACUUUUUCUCGCGCAGGAAAUUUCUUACUUUGACAAUCCAAAGAACAGCACUGGUGCAUUGUGUCAAAGAUUGUCUUCGGAGGUGUCUGCAGUUCAAGGGGUAGGUGAACGUCCUUUAAUAUCAGGGCAUUUUUUAACUAUAUAACUACUGGGGGAUUUACCGUAGUAGCUAGGCCCUUUGCUAGGCAAUAUUUCCAGAUAUGCUGGGCAUUUUUUAUCAUUACUAAAAAAGACUGAUCAUUGAUCAACCUCGUUCAAAAAUCUGGACCUGCCUAUUUCUCUUAUUCUCUACCAUUCUUGACAUCCUGUCUUAUAUAUGUCAGUACAGAAUGGUCUUAGUGUAUAUACUUGAGAUGUGUAGGGGGAUUGGGGAAAAGGCCCUCAUUAGGGAUGUACCCCAGUAUAGUUGUAAUUGCUUAGAAAACGCCUUUUCUAACAUGAUCUUCUAGUAAGCAUGUCCUACUACACUUUAGAUAGGCACGUUUACAAGAGACUGCAACGAAGUUAAAACGAGAUGAAAAUCGAAAUUUGAAAAUUUCUUCCCCUUGCCCGAUAUUUCCUUUUUUUACAGUGCUUUUGUGAGCACAUAUUGUUCCGAAGCUAAGAAGAGCACAUCCGAGACGAAAUGUAUUUUUGUUUGCGUUCAUCUCGCUCCGAAUUCAUCCCGGUCUGUAUAGUCGAUAGCCGGCUCGGUCCAGCGAGCGGGGAUGACUUCAGACCCGGUCUCAGCAAUUUUUUGUCCCGGUCUCAUGUAAAAAUCUAUUAUAAAUAAUACUAUGACCGAAAUUGAAAAUCGUCCCGGUUUGACUUCGUCCCUGUCUCAUGUAAACGCGGGGCCUUUCGAUAGAUAAAACUUUAUUUAAGCAUAUCAACAGUUACCCUGCAUUACUGAAAAACAACAAAGUACAAGAAGUACAGGCUUCAGAUUAAUAUAGACAUGCAGCUAAGAAUAAAUACAGUACAAUCAUUAUAAAAAAGUGAUUUCUUAGUGGAUUCUAAUCCAACACGAGGCAAGUGCAAUAGAUUGCUCGGUCUACUUGUUUUAAUGAUGAUACCCCUAUUAGGUAUAGUAUAAUAAUGUUCAAAAUGUUGUGGCAUCUUAAUUCAUUAUCUUUACCUAGGCAACAGGUUCUCAGCUGGGAUUUAUUUCGUCUGCUCUGUGUUCAAUCACCGGUGGAGUUCUUGUUUCAUUCUUAACAAGUUGGAAACUAAGUUUGUUGAUAACAGCAUUUGCUCCGGUGUUGGUAGUAUCUGGUGUCAUGUUCACCAAGGCAUUGGGGGCUAGCAACCGUGAAAAUAUGGAGGAAGACGCCGCGAAGGUAAAGCAGGGCUCUUAGAGAGGGGUGAGAAUGGGAAAAGGGAGGAGAUAAUCAAAGCAGGGGUGAUGGGAGGUGGGCAACUAGCUCGUGAGAAAAUACGGAGGAGGAAACCACGAUGGUCAGUGCAGACGUUUGGAGAUAGGGUCGUAAUGAAGGGGGAGGUGGCGGUAUAGUACCCGAGAAAAUAUGGUGGUAAGGAGGUAAAGAUCUGGGUGUUAUAGCCUGCGUAGCAGGCGGUAUUCGCGGGCACAAGAGAACGGGCAGCCUGAAAUUUGCUGUUAUUUUAUAAAUGUAGUGGAGUGGGCGAGAUUUUUGGACUUAAAAUAUUGUGAUAUUUGCCAUCAAUAUAUAUGAGUGUUUGUAGUGAAUCCACGAGGCAUGCAAGCUGGGAUUUGAGGGAUGGUGUAGCAUACCAGUGAAAAUCCGGGAAAUGGUGUCGUAAAAUUAGGCGUUCUGUUGGGAUAACAGUUAAAGUGCAUUUUUACAAAUGUUUAUUGGAAUAUUUUCAGGGACGCCGGAACUGGGGGGGGGGGGGCAGGGGGGGCAGCUGCCCCUCUUGCCUUUUUCUAGGAGGUGCAAGGGGGGCAGAAGUGCUCUUUGAGUUAUAAAAUACUACCUGAUAGAUUACAUUUCCAGUGAUGUUUUUUGGGCAAAAGCAUGAGGUGUGAUCUUGAAUGUGACCUGUUUGCUUUGAUUGGCGAGUCAACACAUAAUUGUAUCGUAGGUUUAUAUCUUCACCUGGGUCUAUAGAGGUGCAUUUUGGUGUACGUUUGCCCCCCUUGUCUUUUUAUCGUUCCGGCAUCCCUGAAUAUUUUCUUUGCUUUUCCAGGUUGCAGAGGAGACAAUUGCGAAUAUUCAAACAGUUGCAUCUUUGUGUCGAGAGGAAGAAUUUUUUGAACGUUAUCGUACAGCAAUGGCCGUGCCUUACAGGUAUGCGGAUGUAAACCGCAAACAUAUCUAAGUGCUUGUUUAUAUGAGAGGGCGAACGGGCUAAUAUAUCUUUAUAAGUCAUUUGCAGUUGGCCUAAAAACUCUUUUUACAGUUUCUCGCUCACUGAGGUACCUACGGUUUUAAUGUGAUCCUUAUCCGAGAAGACGCGAAAGUCUAACCAUUUACAAAUGUCAUUGUAAAGGUAGCAUUUUCUCCUCAAUUAUUUUAAGACCUUAAAUAGAGGUCCGAUCAAGGAUGGAACCCGGGACUCCCAACAAUUUUUAAUGCUCUGUAAUUUUGUGUGUGUGUGUUGCGUAAAGGCGCACUUCGACUCAGGAAAAUUUUUCGCAGAAAGAAAAUUUUUGUAAAAUGUGAUUGGCUGGCCGACACAAAUUUUCCGCCGAUUUUUCAACUUUUAACAAUGAUAUUUUCGGAAAACUUUUUGUCCGUGGAAAUUUUCUUGAGUGGAAAUAGGUCUUAACAUACGAAGAAUCUCUUCUUGAUUAUUUAGGAAAGCGAAGAAAAGCAGUCAUCUAAUGGGUUUGGCAACUGGCUUAACUUACUGUAUCGUGAACUUCGCUUUUGCCGCCACGUUUCGUUAUGGCGCCAAGUUGCUGGUCGACUAUGACAUCACGCUGAAAGAAAUGAUGACGUAAGGAUUUCAAUUAACUUGUUGUGGACAUUCACAGAGAAUGUCGAUAUUUCAAAUUUUACGAUAACUCAAUGAUCGAUAACUCACUAUAAUGUAUAAUAAGACAUUAUACAGUGUUACGUCGAAAUUUGAAUGUGUAAUUGCAUUUCAAACCAACACCAUGCAAUAUCUUGAUACACAAAAGGAGAUAGGAAAAACGUUAAAGAAUGACAUACCAUAUAUCAUCUUGAAAGAUCUUUCCAACAAAAGUAUAUUUAGAAAUAUUAUUGUAAUUUUCGUGUCCUUUCAAAUACUGCUUCAAAUAUAAAAUUUAAAUAUUAAAUGUAUUUAUUUAGGACUAUAUUCACGUAUCUUGCUACAGCUGUUGUUGUUGGACAACAAAGCUCCUUCACCCCUGAUUAUGCCAAAGCAAAAAUUGCUGCCCAAAAAGUUUUCACUCUUAUCAAUUAUGUUCCUUCUAUCGAUAACCAAUCAGAGGACGGCAUGAAACCGGUAAGCACAAGUAAAUUAAGCUGAGCUUUCCGCUCUGAGUAAAUUAAGCUAUAUUUAGUGUUUAGACUACCUGUGACUAAAUGAAAGGUUCAUAUUAAGACAGAUUUGUUAUUCUAGCAGGAAAAAUGUAAAGGUGAAAUCAAAUUAAAUCAAGUCGGUUUCAGAUAUCCAACUCGACGUAGAAUCAAAGUAUUACGUAAUCUGAACAUCACCGUGAAGCCAGGUCAAACUAUAGCUUUGGUUGGUACAAGUGGUUGUGGCAAGAGUACCACCGUCUCAUUGGUCGAACGAUUUUAUGACGUGAUCAACGGAAGUGUGGUAAGUUUACAGUAGGCUGUCGUGGUUUGUGUCUGAACAACGUGAAAAAGAUAUUUCAAACGUAGGGUCCAGUGUAAGUAGUAUUCUACAAUAAGCUCGGUCGUGGUUUGUGUCUGAACUACCUGGAAAAGAUAUCUCAAAUGUUGGAGUCCAGUGUAGGUAGUAUUCUACGAUAAGCUGUCGUGGUUUGUGACUGAACUAUCUGAAAACAUCCAGAAGAAGAGGCCUUCGCUCGAAACGGUAAAGUAUUUCUAUGAUGAACAGUCGCAGAUAAAAACACUGCCAUAUUAAUAAUUGAGUGAGUUUCUAUAUCAUUUAUUUUUUAGACAAUGGAUGCUCAUAAUGUAAAGGAUUUGAACAUCAAAUGGUUACGUCAUCAAAUUGGUAUAGUAUCUCAAGAACCAGUGUUAUUUGACAUGACCAUCAGAGAAAAUAUUGCUUACGGUGAUACUACAAGAGAAGUCAGUGAUAAAGAAAUUGAACAGGCUGCAAGAUCAGCCAAUAUCCAUCAGUUCAUUGCGAGCUUACCAAAGGUGAGACUUUAGUAAGAGAUAGGAGAAGGAGGGAGGGAGAGAUGAGGGGAGGGAGAGAGAUGAGGGGAGGGAGAGAUGGAGGGAGAGAUAGAGGGAGGGAGAAGAGAGGUGGAAGGAGGGAGAGAUGGAGGGAGAGAGGUAGAGGGAGGGAGAGCGAGAUGGAGGGAGAGAGAGAUGGAGGGAGAGAUGGAGGGAGGGAGAGAGAGAUGGAGGGAGGGAGAGAGAGGUGGAGGGAGAGAGAGAGAGAGGAGGUGGAGAGAGAGAUGGAAAGAGGUGAAGGGAGGGAGAGAUGGAGAGGUGGAGAGAGGGAGAGGUGGAGAAAGGGAGAGGUGGAGGGAGGGAGAGGUGGUGGGAGGGAGAGAUAGAGGAGGGAGAAGUAGAGGGAGUGGAGAGAGGGAGGGAAGAGGAGGUAAGGGAGGUAAGGUAGGACUGAUGGAGGAAGGGUGGAGAAAGGAACAGGCGGAGCAAUGUAAGAAAGCAGGGAGGGAAAGAAAGAGAGAAGGAAUAGAGAGAUGGAUUGAGGUAAGGGAGGAAAAAGGAAGGGAAGUAGGGAGAAAAGGAGGGGAGGGGUGAAGGGAGUAAAAUAGAGAUAGAGGGGAGGCAAAGAUUGGAGGAGAAAUUUUAAGAAGGUAAAGGUGGAGAAAGGAAUACAUAUGAGAAGAGGGAAACAAAGUGAUGGAAGGAAGAAAACGAAUGAAGGAGAGAAAGAAGGGACAUUCAUUACAAACUAAUGUAGAUCUGGUGAAUUAUUCCAGGGUUACGACACGAUGGCGGGUGACAAGGGUACUCUUAUAUCAGGAGGACAAAAACAAAGAGUCGCCAUUGCACGAGCGUUGAUUCGUAAUCCUAAAGUACUUUUACUGGAUGAAGCAACUUCAGCCUUGGAUACGGAGAGUGAAAAGGUGAAAUGUUACUUCUUCAAAAAUGUAUUAAAAAUUCAUAUUAAAUAUGUUAUGCAUUUAGUACUGUAGUAUACGCUAAUAUGUUGGCCGGAUCUACAUGUGUUGGCCCGAUACUACAAAAUGUGGCAUAAGAUAAUGCCAGUCAUGUGUUUCAAAAGAAGAUAUUCAAAGAAUUGGUAAAUGCACUUUCUCCAAUAUAGAUUGGCCUAUUCUCGUCGUGAUUCCCUACUCUUUGUUAGAGACGACAUUAACAAAGCAUUCGUUUUCAGGUAGUGCAACAAGCCCUGGACAACGCAAGUGUUGGUCGAACAACAUUGGUAAUAGCACAUCGUCUGUCAACCAUUCAACAUGCGGACUGUAUUGUUGUAAUCAGACGAGGCCGUGCUGUAGAACGUGGAACUCAUGAACAACUUUUAGCUAUGAAAGGAAUUUAUUAUGCUUUACAUAAAGUACAAUCCAUGUCUCAGAAGUAGGUCCUUCAGGAAGACUACAGGUACAUCUUAGAACUACAAACUGAACGAGACGUUUUUCAUCCUUUUCAGAAUUGCAGAUUUUAUUGCGUGAUUUAUACCAGAGACUGGUCAUCACAAGGACGGAUUAUUUCAGCCGUAGUGAUAAACACAACACGACGGAGGAUCCGCUUAAACUUUCAAAUGAUCUGUCAGUUUUCCCGUAUUUACACACGAACGAUCGGACGAGCUAUCUUUUCUUUGCCCAAGUUUGUGGUCCAGACAGAUCAUCCGUCUCUUGCAUCCGUCUCUGGAAUAAAUCUGACCCGAAUAUGACAAAAACGUUUUUGUUAAAGAGGUUCUCAUUUGACUUCUACUAUCACUACCGCUACCUCUCAUAGACUUAAUACGCACUUGAUUGGUUAAUCGAGUAGAAUAAAAGCAUCUGAUUGAUUAAUGGAUACGCACUUGAUUCUCUCUCCUCCGCAGAGGCUUAAGUUUUCCUAGGACAUUUCACCACACUUUACAUGGCGGAUCUUGGAACACGAGCGUAGCCGCUGGGCGAAGGAAGGAAAACUAAAGCUUCUGCGGAGGAGAGAGCACUUGAUUGAUUAUUCGGGUAGAAUAAAAGCAUCUGAUUGGUUAAUUAUAUUAUGGCAACGGUGCUGUAGUCGGGAAGUCAAAAUCUGAAUCUCUCUAUUCUUCGUUAUAAUGCAAUUCUUAUUUGAGAACGUUGUCGUUCAUUAAAAUUUGUGAAGUUUCAUCUAUAGUUUAGUUAGGCUUGAUACAUCAGAUAUAUCUCUGUGAAAAGUCACAUUUAAUUAAUAAACACUUUAAAAUUUUUUCAUGAUAACUCUCAUGUGACAGCGGCCUUCUUUUGCUUCGUCUGUCGCAUCACAUACAGCAACACGACGUUUCAGUGUUUCAGCUUGUCCACUGGCGUGCUGAGAGGUGUUCGAUUUCUCUACGUCUUGUUUUUGCCGAUUUGCUACCUUCAAGAGAA